GUCGAAGUGGAAUAUUGUUUUUUUAACGUACCAUUAUGGAUAAGGUUUUUAGACGUUUUAGCAGUACAAAUAUCAGGCGGCAUUCUAGUGUGCCGAAAUUAAAGCAAACAGACUUCACACCUAGGCAGUAUAAAGUAUCAUUGGGGCUAUUUGGAUAAAUACUAGCUACCAUGCUUAAUCAUUUCAAUAUAGUUGGUACUAAAGAAAAUCUUGCAUACAAACAAAGUGAUUACUAUACCAAGAUAACUGACGACAGUGAUGAGAUGACCCAUCAAGCCAUCAAGGGGCCAAGUCUUCAGCAAACUGAUAAGAUAAAAUCGGAGAAUAUACCGCCAGCUCUGUACAAUAUUUACAAAAAGCCGCUUCUGCUCCACCAAGGUCAUAUGCAAUACCUCUUUGAUCAUGAGGGCAGAAGAUUCUUGGAUUUAUUUGGUGGAAUUGUCACAGUCUCAGUUGGCCAUUGUCAUCCAAAAGUUGUCUCAGCACUACAAGAUCAAAUUCACAACCUUUGGCAUACCACUACAAUCUACCGUCAACCAAGAAUUUACGAAUAUGUUGAGCACUUGGCGUCUAAAAUGCCUGGAGACUUAAAGGUAGUGUACCUUGUAAACAGUGGUACGGAAGCAAAUGAUCUAGCUACUCUUCUGGCGCGGGCUUAUACAGGUAAUCAGGACAUCAUAUCACUACAGAGCAGUUACCACGGCUAUUCGAGUGCGAUCAUGGGUUUGACAGCAUCACAGUCGUAUCGCAUGCCCAUGCCAGUGCCGGCCGGCUUCCACCACGCAAUGCUACCGGACCCUUAUCGUGGUAUUUGGGGUGGCUGCAGAGAUUCUUUAUCACAAGUCCCUGGAUCUUGUCACUGUCCAGGCGACUGUGUUACUUCCGAUAAAUACGUCCAUCAGUUGGAAGAGCUUUUAGGUAAUUCGGUACCGGCUGGCAGAAUAGCAGCUUUAUUUGCCGAGUCAAUACAAGGUGUUAAUGGAACUGUGCAAUUUCCUAAAGGGUAUCUCAGAAAAGCUCACGAAGCUGUGAAAAAACAUGGUGGUCUGCUUGUUUCGGAUGAGGUACAAACAGGCUUUGGUCGUACUGGGGACUUCUUCUGGGGCUUCGAGACUCAUGGAGUGGUGCCAGAUAUAGUAACCAUGGCUAAAGGCAUAGGUAACGGGUUCCCGUUAGCGGCUGUCGUCACCACUAAGGCAAUAGCUGAAGCUCACACUAGAGCUACGUAUUUCAAUACUUUUGGAGGUAAUCCACUCGCUGCUGCAGUUGGAAAAGCUGUGUUAGAGGUGCUAGAGGAGGAGAAUCUCCAAGAGAACUGUAAGGUCACUGGAAAGUAUUUCAUUGAACAAUUAAUGCAGUUACAAAAAGAACAUGCGAUGAUCGGCGAUGUGCGCGGCAAAGGACUCAUGCUAGGUUUAGAAUUAGUGAAACCAGGCACUAAGGAUCCUUUAGAAAUUACUGAAACAGCCGAAAUAAUGGAGAUUAUUAAAGACUUGGGAAUUUUAAUCGGACGUGGAGGACGAUGGGGCAAUGUUUUGAGAAUAAAACCGCCAAUGUGCAUCAAUAAAGAAGAUGUUGAUUUUACUAUUUCCGCUUUAGAUCAAUCAUUCAAACAAUUUGAAAAUAUUUGUCAAUAUUAGAUAUUACGAUAGUUACUAGAUAUUUAAGAAAAUGUUAUAAAAUACUUUGAUAAGCUU